AUGGAUACAGAGGACGAAGAGCCGUUCCUCAAUCGCUCAUACCGAAGGCUGGCGGGCCGUGUCAGGAUUCCCGGAUUCCGCCCCGGCAAGGCGCCUAGAUCGGUGGUAGAGAGCCACUUGGGCCGGAUUACCCUGGUGCAGGAAGCGCUGGAAUUCAUGAUCCCGGAAUCCCUCGAUCAGGUGUUGCGCGAACACGAGAUACGGGCGUUUGCCGAACCUGAGCUGGAAGUCCUGGAACUCGAACCCGUCUCAUUUAAGGCGGUCGUUCCGUUGGAGCCCGAGGUCGACCUGGGUGAAUUCCGCACAAUAAGGGCAUCGGCGCCACCGGUCGAAAUCGGGGACGAAGAUGUGACCCGCGUACUGGAGAGCCUGCAGUUCGAGAGCGCCCCAUGGGAACCGGUUGAACGCCCCGUCGGAUUCGGCGAUCUGGUCACCCUGAACGUAAAGGGAACCAUCGCAGGCGAAGACGCCAUUGAUGACGAGGGCGUGGACUUCAUUCCCCAGAUGGACAACGAAUUGCCCAUUCCAGGGUUUUCCGUCUACCUCGAGGGCAUGACUGAGGGACAGGAGAAGGAAUUUACCCUGACCGUCCCCGAUGGCCACGAACAGGAAAACUACGCCGGAAAGGAAUGCUAUUUCCACGUGGACGUCAUUUCCGUAAAGGAAAAACAGCUUCCGGAGCUGGACGACGAGUUCGCCAAGGGCGUCAGGGAAGGCUUCGAAAGCAUGGAGGCCUUGUCAGACCAUAUCCGCCAGCGGCUAACCGCGGAAGGAGAAGCAACCGCACAGCGGGAGUUGGAACGCAAUGUGCUGGAAGAAGUGAAAAAGCUGGCCACCAUACAGGCCUCGGAACUCAUCUACCAGCGCGAAAUGGAAACCAUCCGUGAGGACCACGAGCGCACCCUUCGCAACCAGCGGCUGGACAUGGACACCUACCUGAGGUUCGUCGGACAGACGGCCCAGGAGUUCGAGGACCAGCUACGGCCUCAGGCGGAAGACCGGCUCUCCACGUCCCUGGUGAUGCGGAAGCUGGCUGAACAAGAAAGCAUAGAGGUGGAAUCCUCGGAGAUAGACGCGGAGAUUGACCGCCUUACAGAAAAUUCAGCGGAGGAAUCCGUAGCCAACUUGCGCCGGCUCCUGGGUUCAGAUGAUUCCCGCGAGUCGCUGCGGUCCUCCCUCUUGAACCGCAAGGUGCUGGGCCGACUGGUCGAAAUCGCCAUAGAAAAUGGUGCCGAGGACGAUGGCAGCGAGGCCGAAUCGGAACCAGAAGCCAUUGCUGCCGAGGAACCUGAGCAGGCCUUGGACGAAGAGGCCACGGCAGAGACGGAACCUACUGCAGAAGACGAGAGCGAGGGAGAGCCAUCAAAUGACUAG